AUGGUACGCGCAAAAACAGUCGCCGUGGUGGGCGCUGGCCCCGCUGGAGCCAUCGCGAUUGAUGCACUCGCCCAAGAAAAAGCAUUCGACCUGAUCAGGGUGUUUGAGCGUCGCGACAGGCCCGGAGGAUGCUGGGUCGCGGACAAGGCGCCUCCACCAAAUCUGCAGAGCCUGGGAGCUCUUGCCAAACGCAGCGCCGAUCCUCCACCGGAUCUGCCACCUACCCUUCCAGCACGGACGCCAAAAUCCCCGCCCCAGCGCUUUUCUGAGUCCUCCAUUUACCCUUACCUCGAGACCAAUGUUGCGGCAUUGGCAAUGUCCUUCUCCCAGGAGCCAAUCCCCGAGGUUCGCUCCGAGUGGUCCGUUGCUGCACAUGGGGCCGACACUCCUUUCAGGCACUGGACAGUGAUGCUGAAGUACAUUACCGAUCUCAUCCAGAGGCACGGCUAUCAGGACUAUAUCGAGUACGGUACAGCUGUUGAAAGAAUCGAGAAGGUGGGAGACAGGUGGAAAGUCACCCUCAGGAAAGCAGGCGAAGAGAGUGACUAUUGGUGGGCCGAGUACUUUGACGCAGUUGUGGUUGCGAGCGGACACUUUCAUGUGCCUUACGUUCCUGACAUUAAAGGUCUUGAGGACUUUGAGCUGCAGCGACCCGGCAGCGUCCUCCAUUCCAAGAUGUACCGGGGGCGUGAGGCAUUUCGCGGCAAGCGGGUUGUUGUGGUAGGGGCUUCCGUGUCUGCAGCCGAUAUCGCGGUUGAUCUUGUGGGGACAGCGCAGUCACCAGUGCAUGCGGUGGUCAAGGGCCACAACGCCAACAUCUACUUUGGGGAUGUUGCGUUCAAGCAUCCAAAGAUCAAGGAGCAGCCGUCCAUCUCGCGGAUUGUCACGUCGGGCGGCUCUCGGACUGUCUACUUCGAGGAUGGCGGACAGAUCGAAGACGUUGAUCACAUCAUCUUCGGCACCGGAUACUCAUGGUCGCUGCCAUUCCUACCCGACGUGGAGGUGCGCAACAACCGCAUACCUGGGUUGUAUCAGCAUGUCGUGUACCAGAAAGACCCGACGCUGCUAUUUGUUGGCGCUGUAGGAGCAGGGUUGACGUUCAAGAUCUUCGAGUGGCAGGCGGUGCUGGCAGCCAGGAUCCUGGCCGGGCGGGCGACAUUGCCGCGUCUUGAAGAGCAGCAGAAAUGGGAGGCUGAUCGCAUCGCGGCAAGAGGGGAUGGCGGGCGGUUCACGCUCGUAUUCCCCGAAUUCGAAGACUACUUCGAGACAGUGCGUGCUCUCGCCGGGCCAGGCGUCGAAGGCAGUGGAAGACAGCUGCCAGAGUUCGACCAGGCGUGGGUUGAGGAAUUCAUGGCGGGGCAUGAGCGACGCAAAGCUCUGUGGGAGCGGUGGAAUGCAGAGGCCAGGGGCGCCGGCGGAUUGCAGCAGGCCACGCUGUAG